AUGGCUAGAAACCAGAUGGGAGUGCUUAACGCACUUGAUGUAGCAAAGACGCAGUGGUACCAUUUCACUGCAAUUAUAAUUGCUGGGAUGGGGUUUUUCACAGAUGCAUAUGACCUGUUUUCCAUUUCUCUUGUCACCAAAUUGCUCGGUCGUAUAUACUACCAUGUUGAUGGUGCAGAAAAUCCCGGUAGUUUGCCUCCAAAUGUUGCAGCUGCAGUGAAUGGUGUUGCGUUUUGUGGAACUUUAGUUGGCCAACUCUUCUUUGGUUGGCUUGGAGACAAAUUAGGCCGAAAAAACGUUUAUGGAAUGACCCUCAUGCUCAUGGUUAUCUGCUCCAUUGCCUCAGGACUUUCCUUCGGACAUUCUGCGAAGGGUGUCAUGGCCACACUUUGUUUCUUCAGAUUCUGGCUUGGUUUUGGCAUCGGUGGUGACUACCCCCUCUCCGCCACAAUCAUGUCGGAAUAUGCCAACAAAAAAACUCGUGGGGCAUUCAUUGCUGCUGUGUUUGCUAUGCAAGGAUUUGGCAUUUUAACCGGUGGAAUUGUUGCUCUCAUUGUGUCAUCUGCGUUUGAUCAUGCUUCCAAUGCCCCUUCGUAUGAAGUUAAUCCAGUAGCCUCAACCGCGGCUGAAGCAGACUAUGUUUGGCGCAUCAUUUUGAUGUUUGGAUCGGUGCCGGCAGCCAUGACAUACUACUGGCGAAUGAAGAUGCCUGAGACAGCUCGCUACACAGCCCUUGUUGCCAAGAACGCCAAGCAGGCAGCUUCAGACAUGUCUAAGGUACUGCAGGUGGAUCUCGAAGCUGAAGAGGGCAAGGUAGAGGUAGAGCACGAGUCACCCAAUUCUUUUGGCCUUUUCACGAGGAAAUUUGCACGUCGCCAUGGGCUUCACUUGCUUGGAACCAGCGUUUGUUGGUUCUUGCUGGACAUAGGCUACUAUAGUUCAAAUCUUUUCCAGAAGGAUAUCUUCAGUUCAAUUGGAUGGAUUCCACCCGCGAAAACCAUGAACGCCAUCCAUGAAGUGUAUGUGGUUGCAAGAGCACAAACACUCAUAGCAUUAUGCGGUACAGUUCCAGGGUAUUGGUUCACAGUGGCUCUGAUUGAUCAUAUAGGAAGGUUUACCAUUCAAUUGAUGGGAUUCUUCUUCAUGACCAUCUUCAUGUUCGCCCUGGCAAUCCCUUACGAUCACUGGACAAAGAGGUCUAAUCGUAUUGGCUUCCUUGUCAUGUACUCAUUGACGUUUUUCUUCGCCAAUUUCGGACCCAACGCCACCACAUUCGUUGUCCCGGCAGAGAUUUUCCCUGCAAGGCUUAGAUCGACCUGUCAUGGAAUAUCAGCAGCGGCCGGGAAGGCUGGGGCUAUUGUAGGUGCGUUUGGAUUCUUGUACGCUGCACAGAGCACAGACCCUAAAAAGACUGAUGCUGGUUACCCUCCUGGUAUUGGUGUUAAAAAUUCACUAAUAGUGCUAGGUGUGGUCAACUUCUUUGGGAUCUUGUUCACUUUACUAGUACCAGAAGCAAACGGAAAAUCACUUGAGGAGCUAUCAGGAGAAAACGAGGAUGAAGAUGAUGUGCAGGAUCAACAACAGGCCUCUUCGGUUAGCGCAAUGCCACUAUGA